GGGCCUUGUGCUUGUAUCUUUGGGAGACUUGCUUCUGGGUCUUGAGUUCACAGUACUUUCCCCCUAGACCAGCGGAUGGCUGUCUAUCUCGUACCACCCAACUGUUAGUCGGUCGUCGUCGCCGUGCUUGCUGUCCACAUCGUCCUCCCCGCUGUCCUCUUCUGCCCAGACACGCUUCCACCGCCAUUUGUCAUGAACCCGUCCCUGCCACCCCCUGCCAGAGACCCAACCGCCUCCAUAGACGCUCUCAGGUCUGACGCCAAUCCAAUGACUCCCGCAGCUCCAACCCCAAAUGCAUUUUCGGUCCUCGAGCCCUCCUCUUCUUCUAUCCUAUUGCCCUCUCGUCCGGGCUCUGAACCAUCGGAGUCGGAUGCAGCCAACGGUCCCUCCCUUUUGGAUGUCGACCCUCAAAUUAUUGAGGCCCUCAAAAGUAAAGAUAGAUUAUACGUCCUCAAGCUCGGAGAGCAGAUGGAAUGUUUUAUCAACGAUCACAGAACUCGUCUCGAUUUGACGCCGACAACUUCUUAUCAGAGACUUCUGGUGCACCGCUGCUCAGCCUACUAUAAGCUGGCACCAGAAACCGAUCCCAUCAACAAGACGAUCAGCGUCGCUCUCACCAUCGAGAGUAGAAUUCCUACACGUCGCAUCGCCGAUCUUGUCCCUGCCCCUCCAUCCCAUGCUCAACCCGCCUUUAAAAUCAUGCAGCGAGCCGCUACCGACCGUCCACGCUCCAAGCCCCAAUCGCAUGCUGGAUCAGUCAUUGGGGAAGAAGCAGAAUCGUCAGACGUGGAACCAUCUGAGGCCGGCAGCGUCGGUGGACGAAGUAAUACCACUGGAAGCGGCAAGAAACACAUGACGAUUGCCGAACGUGAGGCGGCCUACAACGAAGCUCGCUCAAGGAUUUUCAUGGACUUUCAGGAGAAGGAGAAAGUCAAAGAGAAAGACCUGAGCGCGAGCUCUUCGAGCGCUAGUCUGACCUCGGGCUCCGUGACCAGUAGCGUGGGCGAAACUAGUAGCACAGGUGACCUGGAGGAUUCGAUCAGCUCACCUGCUACAGAAAGCGAGUGGUCCGGACCCGCGGUACGUGAUAGAAAGGACGGCCGUCGCUCCAACGGUUCAUCUUCCAGGAGUAUGCGCUCUAGCGCUCCCACAUACGGCUCCAACAGCUCCCGCGAAUCAAGACCACCUUCACCCCCAUCUUUCAGAUACCCUAGUUUAUAUGGGCCCUCUCUGGCCACCGCUCCUUACGAUCAAUCGCAUCAUCCGAUGCAUCCCUCCGCAUACAAUAAUUCAUACAUGUACGCAUACCCACAGCCAGCUCCUCCACAGGGUUGCCUUCCAUACUACGCACCUUGUUCGUACCCACCUCCUCAGGCGCCCAUACCUACUGGCGAUCCUGCUCUACCUUCUACCCAGGCUGAUGCCUUUGGCAUCCAGCAGCAUAACAAUGUUUUUAUCCCCUGCGGUUGGAAUUACCCUCAACAGCCGCAUCCUCUCCCACAUCCGCCUGCCCAACAACAGCCUCACCAAGCUCCAGGAACUCCUAUAGCUCCGCCCGCUACCCAGUAUCCUCCUUAUCCUCCUGUUCCUGCUUAUGCCUCAUACUCAAUGCCUGUAUACUAUACACCGCCACCUCCCCUGCCUCACUUUUCCUCCUCACCGGUACCUCAAAACCUUCCCCUUGGUCCUCCAGAAUAUAAUGGUGCCCACGAUACGUUCUCACCUGGUCGACCCUAUCCCGGUGUUCCUGGUCAACAGUCCCCGACGAUGAGCAACAAAGCUAGAGGCGCUCCUCCUGCCCGGAGUGCUUGGAGUUACGGUCCUGGAGUCGGGAUGGGCGGUUUCGGAGUCAACAACGUUAACGGUCGAUCCGUCAGCAGCAGCGGCAAAGAUGCGGUUGGUCCACGUUUAAAUACGUCAACCAGAAGACCCGGAAAUGGGCGCUCCAGUGGUUUCAACGGGACGCCAGCAGGCGACGAGGCAGCGUCGACGGCUUCAUCGUCUACGUCGUCGUCAUCACGGCGGACGUUUAACACAUCUACUUCGUCUCAACACCCUCUUCCAGCUCGGCCCGACUGGGCCGUAGGUUUGAAAGCACAGCCUACCCUUCACCCGACGCACAACCGCCAUCACGACCACACAGUGAACGCACGUACGUCUCCAGUACGUAACAACGGGCAACGCGGCCCACCAGCACCGCCUGUCCUUCAAGCGACUGAUUUCCCACCUCUUAACCCGGUGUCACAAACUGAGAAACGCAUGCCUCCUGUGGCAGGAGUGUGGAAUAACUCAUCUUCCACGCGAUCCAUCUUAAUGCCCGGUAAUAAUGGCUUGCAGGGCAGUGCUCUUGUGAAUCAUUCUGCCAAUGGACGUGUGGCCACCGGCAAUACACCAGCCUGCAGACUGGAAGACUAUGAUGGUAACUGGAAACCUGGAAUCACAAGUAGCAAGAGUCCUGUACCACAGCAGGACAAGGAGCGAAUGAGGGGAGAUGCAGUAUCUAGUGCGACUCUAGCGGAAAGGGUGAUGGUGCUAUCCAUCGAUGACAAGGAUGGCGCCAAGCCCUUAACACCUGUGACGUUGGCGGUGUGAGCGGGGUAGAGUGUAUAUUGCAGCAUACUCAUCGUAGGAGAAGUCACUGUUUUAAUUGCUGCUGUCUUUCGUACUGCCUUCUCAUCGUGGUGUCCCGUGUGUAGUCGGGUGCUGCUGAUGGGUGACCCUUUUAUCUUGUAUCGCAGGGAGUUGACUUGUCAUCCUAUACGGGCUAGACAUAUUAACUUAGAGAUGUUUGUAAACAUGUAAUAAACUUCUUGCAUCAUCCCG